UUGCAUUUCAUUCUUGCGAGUUUCGCGAUUCAUACGUGUACUGUUCAUUAAAUAAAGUUUAUUCUGCCGGAUUUUAAUUUCCGUAUUCUGUACUUAUCGUGACUGCAAAGGUGGAAGCAGAUUUGGGAAUCCUUAUCAACAACUGUAAUAUUUCAGUGUAACAACAACUUUAGUCACUUGACUUUAGAACUUUUUGUUAAAUAUUCAUUAUGGCCGAACCGACAAGAUAUGUUAUUGUAAAAUUUAAAAAAUUGCCAUUUGUCGGAAUGCAUCCCUUACAGUGUGUCCCCGUUUCUUGGAUAAAAUGUCAAAUGGACGAUGAAAAUGUAGCAGUUGCUUUUCCCCCCGAAUUAAAUUCACACCAUAGAAGUCUUAUGAAAACUGGAAAAGACCCAGUUCUAAAAUGGAAACAGUUUCCAGCCAGCGUCGAAGAACGUCGAGAUGCGUACGUAGAACUUAAUAGAGAAGCAGCGGGAGCGGCAGGAGGAACACCGGGAGGUCCUCUAUCACCGCCGUCGCUCGCAAAUCUAAAUAUUUCUGAACCGUCGACACCAACAACAAGUACACCAAAGAAACGAGGAACUCGUAUAACUUCAGGUGCCGUUGAAACCCAAACUGCUUUAAACCAGACCGUGGAAGUGGAACAGCAAUUACUCGAAGAACUUUAUCAAAAAUGGCAAGAGAUGAACUGCAUAAUGGAAAAGCUAUUUCCUACGAACUACGGAAAUAAUGCUAAUUAAUAUGAAAAACUCUUAAAUCACAAGAAUAAAACAUUUAAUUGACAAUAAAUAUAUGAUAUAAAAAUA